AUGCGAAAAUGGCCUUUUUCUUCUGAAGGAAAAUCAAACACUAGUGAUCUUGGCUGCUAAUCUUGCUACGGAGAAGCAAGUAAUAAUGGUUGGGUAAAUACUUAUUCAACGGAAAUAUUAUUUUAUAAGAGUGCGAAUCCUCAUCUGAAUGCCUAAAAUGUCAGACCUCCAAUUUAACUCACUGCAUUCAAUGUAAUGAUCCAAUUAGUCAAAAAUCUCUUGCAAUUGGAGAUUUAAGCUAUCCUUGCUGUAUGA